UUCGUACAGUGCCGAAGGCGACGCAUCUCCGGCCCGGGUGAAAAUGCCUCGUGUAAAAGCCGCUCAAGCUGGAAGACAGGGCCCUGGAAAGAGACGACUUGCGGAAAACUUUGCCCCUGGGGAGGUAAUCACUGACAUGACGAAGAAAGAGUGGAAGCUGGGCUCUCCCAUUGGCCAGGGCGGCUUUGGUUGUAUAUAUCUUGCUGAUAUGAAUUCUUCAAAAUCGGUGGGCAACGAUGCACCUUGUGUUGUAAAAGUGGAGCCCAGUGACAAUGGACCGCUCUUUACUGAACUCAAGUUCUACCAGCGAGCCGCCAAACCAGAGCAAAUUCAGAAGUGGAUUCGUACCCAUAAACUGAAGUACCUGGGUGUUCCUAAGUAUUGGGGGUCUGGCCUACAUGAUAAAAAUGGAAAGAGUUACAGGUUUAUGAUAAUGGAUCGCUUUGGGAGUGACCUUCAGAAAAUAUAUGAAGCAAAUGCCAGAAGGUUUUCUCGGAAAACUGUCUUGCAGCUAAGCUUGAGAAUUCUGGAUAUUCUGGAAUAUAUUCACGAGCACGAGUAUGUACACGGAGAUAUCAAGGCCUCAAAUCUUCUUUUGAGCUACAAGAAUCCUGACCAGGUGUACUUGGUAGAUUACGGCCUUGCUUACCGGUAUUGCCCAGAAGGAAUUCAUAAAGAAUACAAAGAAGACCCCAAAAGAUGUCACGAUGGCACUAUUGAAUUCACCAGCAUCGAUGCACACAAUGGUGUUGCCCCGUCAAGACGUGGUGAUUUGGAAAUCCUUGGUUAUUGCAUGAUCCAGUGGCUUAGUGGCCAUCUUCCUUGGGAGGAUAAUUUGAAAGAUCCUAACUAUGUUAGAGAUUCCAAAAUUAGAUACAGAGAAAAUAUUGCAGAUUUGAUGGACAAAUGUUUUCCCGAGAGAAACAAGCCAGAUGAGAUUGCUAAAUACAUGGAAACAGUGAAAUUACUGGACUAUGCCGAGAAACCUCUUUAUCAGAACUUGCGAGACACUCUUCUGCAAGGACUGAGAGCUAUAGGAAGCAAGGAUGACGGCAAACUGGACCUCAGCCUCGUGGAGAAUGGAGGCUUGAGAACAAAGUCAAUAACGAAGCGCAAGAAAGGAAUUGAGGAGAGCACCAAAUCCAGUGUUGAAGAUAUGGAAUGCUCCAAUACACAGACAGAAGAGGUCACAAAAACCCGUUCAAAAACCAGAAAGAGAGUCCAGAAGUAAAUCAAAUGC